CUCACAUAUUACUUACUUACUUACCUACCUACUAUGUACACACUAGCACUACUUGCCGCCAGACGCAACCGAGGCACCUUCCCCCCCACAUCAUCCUGCUCUUCCCCACAGACACACAAACCAAAAAACACGCUCACUCUCACCCCCUCCAAUGUUGGCACUGCUUCUUCAGUGCCAUCACCAUGCCUGCCCUCUGCCGACCAAACACAUGAGAAAUGGCGCCAUAUCCUCCAGUUACAUCGCCUCUAUGAUGACUACCAGCCCCACCACUGAGAGUAAGGCCAAAUCCUGCCCACAUGCCAAUCCAUACCCUCUGCCCUUGCUUGCACAGGGUCAGCCCGGCUU